UAUACAAACCGCUUCCAAGUCAGCCCCUUGAUAGAGCACUUUACGAUUCUUGGAGAGUGGCACUGUCUGCCGAGGCGUAACGUUUUGAAAGCUCAGCACACACCGCAGAGAGCGGGGAUGAGUUAAGGGUCUACAAAGGAAAAAACAGACGGUUUUAAAAGUGGGAAACAAAACCAGUGAAAAGUUUUGCCCUCGAAAGAACCAGUGGAGUAGCUACACCGUGGCCAUUCAACUCCGAACUCCGAGGCUCUAUGGCAUAAAGCCCAUCCUCAGAUUCAGCUGGAGAUUGCUUCCGAGGAGCUCCUGACGCCAUUUUCCACAGUCUGAGGAGGACCAGGAAGUAGCCGGCAGGAGACAUGCCUGCCCUGGCCACCGGAACCAGCCAUGAGCCAGGUCUGUAUGAGCUGCUGGCGGCCCUGCCAUCCCAGCUGCAGCCUCAUGUCAACUGCUCUGAGGACAACACCUUCCUUCAGGAUAUGUUUGGAGAGAGAAGUCUCCACUCACUUGUCAAGAUUCACGAACGGCUGCAGCACUAUGAAGAGAGCAAGCCCGCCCCCGUCCUGGAAGGAGCUGCACCUCUGGCACGUGACGUGUCUGAUGAGCUGGAAGGCAAAUCAGCCAGUCAGGAUGUCAAAGAGCUUCUUAAACUGCUGGCAAACCCACAUGUAAAGAGCCUCCUGUCCGUCCACGACGCAGUUGCCCAAAAGAAGUAUGACCCAGAACUACCUCCGCUGCCUGAAGACAUCGAUGACGAUGAAGAUUCUGUGAAAAUUAUAAGAUUGGUCAAGAACAAAGAGCCACUGGGAGCAACAAUAAGACGUGAUGAGAGCACAGGUGCCAUCAUUGUGGCCCGGAUCAUGAAGGGAGGGGCAGCUGACAGAAGUGGCUUAAUUCAUGUAGGGGAUGAACUGAAGGAGGUCAAUGGAAUCCCUGUGGACGACAAGAAACCAGAGGAAAUCAUUCGUAUUCUGGCACAGUCACAAGGAGCCAUUACCUUUAAAGUUGUCCCUGGUGCAAAGGAAGAGGCAUCUAUCAAGGAGCCACAGAUGUUUGUGAAGGCGCUCUUUGACUACGACCCAAAAGAUGACAACACCAUCCCAUGUAAAGAAGCUGGUUUGGCCUUCAAGAAGGGUUGCAUCCUACAGAUCAUGAGCCAAGAUGAUGCAACCUGGUGGCAGGCCAAACACGAGGGUAACACAAAUCCUCGUGCUGGCUUAAUACCAUCCAAACAGUUCCAGGAGAGGAGACUUGCAUUUCAGCGACCUGUUACGACUCUUUCGUCCCUAAGGAGGUCGACUAGACGAUCAUUGACUGCACCACAGACAUGUACCUCAGAUUGUGUAUCACUAGAUGAUGUGACAGUAGAGUUUGAGGAUGCUGAUUAUAGUGGUGGAUUUCACCUAGCUGGGUUUAGGAGAAGCUUUCGCCUCAGCAGGAGAGACAGAAAGACUACCAAGUCCAUGUACGAGGCGAAGAAGAGUGAAAUGUACGACAUGGCUGACGUGCCCACGUACGAGGAAGUCGUCCCGUACCGCAGGCAAAGGGGAGACAAACACAGGCUGGUGGUCCUAGUAGGACCCACGGGUGUUGGCUUGAGUGAACUGAAGAAGAAACUGUUGAUCUCUGACCCCCAGCACUUCAGUGUGACCAUUCCACACACCAGUCGACCCAAGAAGAACCAGGAGACCGAUGGUGUGGAUUACCACUUCAUCUCCAAGCAGCUCUUUGAGACGGACAUCCAAAACAACAAGUUCAUUGAGCAUGGCGAGUACAAAGGGAAUUUCUACGGCACAAGUCUGGACUCGAUACGCUCAAUCCUCUCAAAGAAAAAAGUGUGCCUGCUGGAUGUCCAGCCUCAUCUAAUAAAGCAUCUUCGAACAGCAGAGUUUAAACCUUUCGUUGUGUUCGUGAAGCCCCCGACCGUCGACAGACUGAGAGAGACCAGAAAGAAAACCCAAAUUAUAUCAGGCAAAGACGACAAGGACUCCACCAAACCCUUCACGGAGGAAGACUUUCAGGAGAUGGUGAACACGGCCCAGACAAUGGAGACUCAGUACAGCCAUCUCUUUGAGAUGGUUAUAGUCAACGACGACCUCGAUGUUGCCUUCAGCGAGCUGCAGUUGGCACUAAAGAAAGUGGAGACAGAGACACACUGGAUUCCAGUCAGCUGGACUCACUCCUGAGAGACAUACUGACUGUAAAAGGAGAAAAGGGAAGUGCUUUGACAAAAAUAUGCAGGUUUUCUAUCUUUUUAAAAAAAUAUUUGCCAGGGACGGUGUUGGGAAGUAAAUCAGGAAUAAAACUGUGCCUGGCUGCUGUGUCGCCAUAUCUGAACUGCAUCGAGCUAAAAAUAAGCUUCUGCCUGGGAUCAGGUUGGAUUUAGACCUCAGCUGUGGUCUGGAAGCUCCAGGUCUGACCAGAUGUGAUCGGGUUGUGGCUGCAGGCUUCUUUCCAGAAUCUAAGACUUUGACAUUGAUCAGGGUCUCAGUCUGAGUUGCACAUGCAUGGCCACAACUUGGAACGCCUUGAUCCAAACCGGAAUGUGGAGCGAGCUUGGAGCAUCGUAGCACCAGCAGUCCUGCCAGCACAUCAGUAAACCGGCCAAACAGGACUCCUUUAGUGGUUUUAUAACAUUAGACCAUUAGAAACCAAAGGGAUUGAUGUAUUUCUUCUUCGUGGACAACUUACAUGUGUUUGUCUGUAAAAGAGCACAGCACCAGGGAAAAGAGGAGAAAGGAAAACAUACUUGCCUUCUGUCUUACUAGACUUUUGUACAUCUAAAAUCUUCCAUGACUGUUAUUCCAAGCAAAACACUGUCAGGUACACUUUUGAGAAAGGGCAAUAAGUGUAAUUUUAUUUAAAAGAAAUUAAUAUAUUUUCUAAUAUCUGCUUGUAGUCCUUUUUAUGCAUUUUAUAUACAUUUAUGACUUUAAUAUGAUCUUAGCUGUAGCCAUCUCUGUCACAGCCUCUUUUUACUAGAAGCAUUUUUUUCUCUCAAUCUAGCAUUUUUUUGUUCGUCACCCUAGUUUAGUUUUUUGGCUCUGUCAGCUCUAUUUGGCUUUAUUUGGCUCUGAUAUUCACCACUGCUACAAUUCUCCUAGCUCCAGAUUUUGCUCUCUUGUUGAUUCUGGGACAAGCUGACCUCCUUUAAAUUAAGCGCUAGGAUAGUUGGAGACUGGAAACAAUUAGGAGGAGCUAGUCUAUGUCUGCUAGUCUUUCUGAACUUGUGAUUUUAGUACAUUGUUCAUCCCUAUUAAUAACAGUUAGUUCAUAUUGAAUUCAUCUCUUACUUUUUGUGCUUGCUCGGCUGGUUGCCUCCAAUCUCUAGCUGCAUUUAAAACUCUAAGAGUGCUAUCAGUCUUCCAAAGUCUCAGUAAAAAAAAGCAUUAAGCAUAUUAUCCAAACUGUCUAAAUGAUUCCUUAAACUCUAUAUUUAUUCUUUUUUUCUUUACUCUAAGAAUACUCUCUUACACUGCUGAAUGUCCAGCUCAGGUUGUAUGUUUCCAAAUUGUGCAUCAUUUAUUUCGACUGUGAUAUAUACAAACUAGUGUCCUUUUUUUUUAAGUGUAAGCAUGAUAGGUUAUACUGCUCUGAUGUAAUAUGAUUUAAAUGUCUUUAACACUCUUGUCUGCUUUACUUUGUCCCAACAUUUUUUGUCUUUUUGUGUAUUCAGUUUUUCUACCUCCCCACCCCCCUGCUGCCCAUCUUACAGAUCAAAGUCAAAUUUGUACAGUCUCCAGAAAAUACCUUUUUAAUGUCUCCCUGUAAAUGAUACUGUUUAAGUGGCACAUUGUAUGAAUUUACAUUAUUCUUGAUAACUGCUGCAUUUUUUAUUAAAGAAAAUAC